AUGCCAUCAACGGGCCUCUUUGAACAUGACGUUCACAAGACCGGUGGUCACCAAUACAACUUGGAUGCCGACGUCACCCCGUCUGGCCAGUCAGAUGCCGAGAUUUUGGUCGGCGAGGAGAUCAACGAACUAGCUAGGCGCUUGACAAGCGCAUCUCACCCUGGUGGUCAGGGUCACUCCUUAUUUCCUGAGCCUUCCGACAAGACACUCAACCCCAACAGCGACGAGUUCGACGCUCGAAAAUGGGCCGCGGAGUUCUACAGAAUCCAGACUCAAGCACUGCUUGGCAACGCGCCAAAUACAGCGGGUCUGGCCUUCAAAGAUCUUCAAGUGUAUGGCUUGGGCACCACGAUGGACUACCAGAAGACCGUUGGCAACUUCGUUCUCGAAGCAGCAUCGCUAUUCUCGCCGUCGAAGAGACAACAGCGUAUCGAUAUCCUUCACGGCUUGGAAGGCGUUGUCCAAAGCGGUGAGAUGCUCGCUGUGCUAGGGCCCCCCGGAUCUGGCUGCACCACGCUUCUCAAGACCAUUGCUGGCGACACCCAUGGCUUUUAUAUCGCCGAUGGGGCGACUCUCAACUACCAAGGCAUCUCGCCGGAGGACAUGCGGACGAGCUUUCGGGGAGAAGCCAUCUACACGGCCGAAUUUGACUACCACUUUCCCUAUCUCACAGUCGGAGAGACCCUUUACUUCGCUGCCAGGGCACGAUGCCCCCAGAACAUGGACCUUCCUGAUGGCAUCUCCAAGCACCAGUACGCGGAGCACCUGCGGGAUGUUGUGAUGGCAAUGCUUGGUAUCUCUCACACCAAAAACACCAGAGUUGGAGAUGACUUCGUGAGAGGCGUCAGUGGUGGUGAACGCAAGCGAGUGUCUAUCGCUGAGGCAGUCUUGAGCUAUGCCCCACUUCAGUGCUGGGACAACAGCACAAGAGGACUUGAUUCCGCGAACGCUAUCGAGUUUUGCCGAACUCUCCGCAUGCAGGCAGACAUUUUCCGCUGCAGUUCAUGCGUGGCUAUCUAUCAGGCGCCUCAGGAGGCCUACGAUCUUUUCGACAAGGUCGUGGUCCUUUACGAGGGUCGACAGAUCUAUUUUGGGAAGGCGACAGAGGCAAAAGCCUACUUCGAAGGCCUCGGAUUUCAGUGCCCUGAGCAGAAGACAACUGCCGAUUUCCUGACCUCCAUGACCAGUGCUGCGGAGAGAGUGAUACACCCGGACUGGAGUGGCAAGCCGCCGCCACGGAGCCCUGAUGAGUUUGCGCAGGCUUGGAAGGAGAGUCGAGAUCGCCAGCUGCUCCUCAAUGAGAUCGACCGUUUUGAAUGCGAAUUUCCCCUGGGUGGCGACACUCAUGCCAAGUUUUUGGCUACACGACGAGCGCACCAAUCCAAGCAGACCCGCCCUUCUUCGCCAUUCACCCUGUCGUUCUUCCAGCAGGUCAACCUCAAUCUCUGGCGCAGUUUCAAACUCUUGAUCAGCGAGCCUUGGAUGACGAUCACCAUGCUUUCGACCAAUUUCUUCGAAUCGCUCAUUAUUUCCAGCAUCUUUUACAACUUGAAACCCGACUCGUCGACUCUGUACAACCGCAUGCUCCUCAUCUUCUACACCAUCCUCAUCAACGCGAUGGGUAGCAUCCUGGAAAUCCUGACCCUCUACGGCAAGCGCAAGAUCAUCGAGAAGCAUGCGCGAUACGCCCUCUAUCACCCGAGCAGCGAAGCAGUAGCUGCCAUGCUUGUUGAUCUACCCUACAAGCUGCUAAACUCGCUCUUUAUCAACAUCCCGAUCUACUUCAUGACCAACCUCCGACGCGAAGAUGCGGGUCCCUUCUUUUUCUUUCUGCUGUUCUCCUUCAGCAUCACGGUUUCCAUGUCCAUGAUCUUCCGCUUCCUCGGUUCAGUCACCAAGACGAUCGCGCAAGCAUUGGCACCCUCAUCCAUCAUUCUGCUGGCCCUGAUGCUCUUCAGCGGCUUUGCCAUUCCUCAAGGCUACCUUCACGAUUGGAUUGGUUGGCUACGUUGGGUCAACCCAGUGUUCUACGCUCAAGAAAGUCUUGCACUGAAUGAGUUUGUCGGGCGCAACUUCAGCUGCGCGCAGUUCGUUCCCUCAGGCGCGGGCUACACUGGUUCUUCAAUGCAGCCCAACGAGCGAGUGUGUGACAUCGGCGGUGCCGCCCCGGGUGCCAGCUUCGUCAGCGGCGAGGAGCAUCUUCGCGUCGUGUACGACUUCGACCCGAGCCACAGAUGGAGGAACUUUGGCAUUUUGAUGGCCCUCACCAUCUUCUUCAUGGUGAUGUACCUUUUUGCCGUUGAGUGGGUUUCCUCUGAGAGAUCCAAGGGCGAGGUUCUUGUUUUCACUCGCAAGGCCUUGAAGAAGGUGAAGCGAGCAACGACGGAUGUGGAGAACACCGACAUUAGCCACGCAUCGUCGACAACUCAGAACCAGAGUGACAGCGACAGUCCGGACAUAGCGAAGCAGACUUCGGUGUUCCAUUGGCAGGAUGUGUGUUACGAGGUGCAGGUCAAGAGCGAGACUCGAAAGAUUUUGCAGCACGUCGAUGGAUGGGUCAAGCCAGGCACUUUGACUGCUCUGAUGGGUGUUUCGGGUGCUGGUAAGACCAGUCUUCUUGACGUGCUCGCCAGCCGCGUGACCAUGGGAAUCGUGAGCGGUCAGAUGCUCGUUGACGGUCAUCUACGAGAUUCCUCGUUUCAGCGCAAGACGGGCUAUGUGACCCAGCAGGAUCUUCACCUCCACACCGCAACCGUGCGAGAAGCCCUGAGCUUCAGCGCUGUUCUACGACAACCUCAGCAGUAUAGUCGUGAGGAGAGACUAGCCUAUGUCGACACCGUCAUCGAUCUUUUGGGAAUGCAGGAAUAUGCCGACGCCGUGAUCGGCGACCUAGGCGAAGGCCUCAACGUCGAGCAGCGCAAACGCCUAACCAUAGGCGUCGAACUAGCCGCGCGUCCUCAAUUGCUUCUCUUCCUCGAUGAACCCACGUCCGGCUUGGAUAGUCAGACAUCUUGGUCGAUUUGUGAUUUGAUGGAAAAACUGACGAAAAACGGACAAGCUAUUCUAUGCACGAUUCAUCAGCCAUCGGCGUCCCUUUUUCAGAGAUUCGAUCGAUUGCUAUUGCUAGCCAAAGGAGGGCGCACAGUCUAUUUCGGCGACAUCGGCCGCAAUUCUCAUGUCUUGAUUGACUACUUCAGCCGUCACGGUGCCCCAGCCUACAAGCCUGGAUCUAACCCAGCUGAGUACAUGCUCGAGGUGAUUGGGGCUGCUCCGAAGGCCCAUACAGACAUCGACUGGCCGACUGUGUGGCGCGAGAGUCAGGAGUUCCAGUCGGUGCAGAUGGAACUUGCGAGGCUUUCGGGUAGCCAAGACGAGAAAAGUACUCAGGCGAACGCCGAGGUCCAUGAUUCUUCAGCGUAUGCUGAGUUUGCGGCGGAUUUCCGAACACAAGUGCGAGAGGUGACGACAAGGGUCUUCCAGCAGUACUGGAGAAGCCCAUCUUACAUCUUCUCGAAAUCGGUCGUCACGUUUGGCUCGGCACUGUUCAUUGGCCUUACUCUCCUGGGUAACGAAAACACCGAGCGUGGUCUCAAGAACCAGAUGUUCGGCGUCUACAUCUUCCUCUUCCUGUUCAACCAACUGGUUCAACAAAUAAUGCCCGCCUUUGUUCAUCAACGAACGGUGUACGAGGCUCGUGAGAGGCCAGCGAAAGCGUAUUCAUGGAAAGCCUUCAUCUUGGCGAAUAUCAUCGUUGAGAUGGCUUGGAACUCGCUCAUGGCCGUGUUCUCCUUCCUGUUUUGGUACUUCCCCAUGCGCCUCGACCGCAACGCAGAGUGGACGGACUCGGUGCAUUCACGUGCGCUCACACUGUUCUUGAUCUGCUGGGUCUUCUUCUUGUUCUCAAGCACCUUCGCUCACCUCCUCAUUUCUGGCCUGGGAAGCGCAGAAGUCGCCGGCGGCAUUCUCAACCUAAUCUUCAUUCUCAUGUUCGCGUUUUGCGGUGUUCUCGCAGGGCCUACCGAGCUCCCAGGCUUCUGGAUAUUCAUGUACCGAGUCAACCCUCUGACCUACGUCGUCGAAGGCUUUCUCAGCGUGAGUCUCGCAGACGCGCCAGUCACCUGCAGCUCCAACGAACUGCUGGGUUUCAGUGCUCCAGGUGGUAGUACAUGUGGCGACUACAUGGCGUCGUACAUCCAGAGCAACGGCGGCUAUGUCGUCGAUGGGAAUGCGACUUCUUGCCAGUAUUGCGGUAUGGCCGGUACGAACGACUUUUUGUCCAGCAUGAACAUGAGCAUCGACAAUCGGUGGCGCGACUUUGGGUUCAUCUGGGCGUAUUGUGUUUUCAAUAUUGCUGCUGCAGCGGGAUUGUACUGGCUUGCGAGGGUACCCAAGAAUGACUUCAAGAAAAGAAGUCAGAAUUUCAUGAUUACGAAGAGAAUUGAGCGUUCGGGAUAG